CAUUUUCGACACUACACUUCCCAUAGUUCAUUGGUUUGGUAAGGCGCCAGGUUCAUCGAUUGUAAUUUAUAUUUACAUUUUUAUUAAUUAAUCUUACCCUUCGCCUUUAUUACUCCCUUGUGUAAAAUAUCCGUACGUGGAAUAUUACAAAUUUUAUACUUAAAAUAUAUUCAUAAUGCCGCGCAAAUGACGUCAGCGUCCACGACUCUCCUAUCCCAGUUCCCGCCAUCUCCCACCAGCAUUUGCUGUUUUCCGUUUGUGGAGGUAAGUAGCACAUUAUUUCAGAAUCUUAAGAAUGCAUUAAAACGCGAUAUAUUAUUAAUUUAUGAAAAGCCAUAAAGCCCCAAAUGACUCGAUGGGUAGUAUGAUUACAGCAGGUAGAAUUUUACAAUGUUUCAAAUGGAGGACAAACAUAAAUCUGACAGAUUCAGUGGUUUUGGAAAGAAUUUCCAUACGUAUUAAUAGGACAUUUUUGAUUAUCUUUAGGCUAUUUGUUUGGUCGACAAGAGAUAUAAAUUCUUCCAUACUUGUAGACAAAUCUUCUUCCAUAAAGAAUUUAUCGACAACUAUCAGAUUUAGAUUCAAUUUUUUUGUCAUUACACUUGCAUAAAUACAAGGUCAUGUAUAAACACAAGGUAAGAAAAUGUGUUUUAGCAUCUCAUCAGAAGUGCAAGGAACAGCAAGUACGAUAUAUACAAAAUGUGGAAUAUAUAUACAGAAUAGAAUAGAAAGAAAGAAUAAGAAAGAAAGACCAAAGCUUAAAGGCGAACAACAGUGAUUUCAUAGGGCCAGUAAUUACAGAGAUAUGAACCAUAAAUGAGGUCAACAAACUACAAUUUGACAACUAAACAGCAAAUACCACCAUAGGAUUUGAACCAACAGCUUCAUUUUAAACUAAAGGAUUAGAAUUAGGUAUGUCAUAGAAAAUUAUCAUGGCACAUAAACUCCACCCGUUUAUAAAGACUUAAUUCUUUGAAAUUGAUGUAAUGCAGUGAUUACCAAUGUAUACCAUUCUUACCUGUGCAAUCUAUGUUUUUUUUUCCACCCGGUCCAGCACAUCAUCAGAUCUGUAUUUACUAGGUAUACAUUAGAGCACAACACAAAGGCACUUUUAAGAGCCCAUCUGUCUUUCUGUCUGUUCUGCUUUUCUAUUGUAUUGUGGUUCUUUCUCUGUGUCUUGUUCCUGUCGCUUGCAUAUCUCUGUCUUUGUCACUGUCUUUGUCAAUUUGUUGUCUGUUCUGAUCAUCAUGAGCGAUUCGGAGCUGCAGGAGUUACUGCAGAGUGAGGUCAGUGAUGAUCUUAAGGGGGUUGAUGAGUUCCUCUGCAAGCUGCAGAAGGAGGCUACUGCUGUUCAAGAGGCUGCAGUGCCAAUGGUGAGGUGGAAGAAAAGGAGAAAUGAUGGAAGCCUUAUCUGUACAAAGCCACGAUCAAAUAGGAAGCAACCUUCUAAGGCUGAUUGUAGCCGCCUGCCUCAAGCAGAUGCUGCUCCGAACCUGACUGAGGUGGUCUUCACUCCUGAGACAAUUGAGGAGUUUAUGCUGGAGCUCCAGCAUGCCUUAAGUGAUACUACAGUGGAUCAGUUGGAGGAAGAACUACCUCAUCAAACUUCUCCUCAAGCAUCGUCAGAGUGGAGCAAACGAAAGUGCAUGUUUGCUGAGAACUGGAGGACAGAAAGACCACGCCUGGUAAACACCAUUAUGGCAAAUCAACACGUGGUUCCCAAGACUUGCCAGGAAUGUUGGAGCAAUGCUGCUGUCGUGCGGUGCCGUGACUGCCGUCCACACCCUUUCCUCUGCUCUGAGUGUGACCGCAGAAUGCACGAUAGAUAUCCCCUUCACAACAGGGAGGCCACUAUUGCUGGCUUUUAUCAGCCAUUGCCCCCAACCAAAGUCAUCUGCAGUGGGGCUCUUUGCCAUUAUGAUCGUCUUGUGCCUCUGGAGAUACCUGCUACAAUCUGUGGUUGUGCCAGCUCCCUAAAGCUCAAACCAGGAAAGCGUGUGGCUGUGGUUACAAUGAAUGGACGACAUGAUUUGAGUAUUCCAGAGCUCGUGUGUGACAGUUGCUGCACUACAUGGUCUGCAGGAAUUGAUACAAUUCUGGCCAGUGACUUCUGGCCAGCAACACUCAACUUUGCCACUCUCUUUGCCACUGAUGUGUUUGCAACUUAUGAAGACAUGAAAAUGGCAGCACCUGGCUUGUCUUGUCAGGCAUUCUUAAGAAUGCUUGAUCUUAGAACUGUCCGUUUUGGCCGUAUGGGGAAGAUCUCUGCUGACACCUUCCUGAGAAGUUUUUUUGAGUGGGAGGCUGUUAAGUAUGGGCUGGAUAGGUGCUGUAAAGAGGAGCCCUUUACUUGUCCGGCCUGUAGUCCAGAUAUGCUUGCAGUUUCUGUUGAUGGAAACCGUAAGCAUUACCGCUUUAAGAGUGCAUCAAGAUCUGAAGAACCAGCAAUAUUUGAUGGAGUUUUCCUUGCAAAUGAUAAUGAUGUUGCAAAUUUUGUGAACUAUGUUCACAGCAAGGCCAAACAUGUGUCUGGAAGAGGUAUUUGUGGUGGCGAGUGGUCGGCAGCCAGAGAAACCUCCCGCAAAUCUGCCAGCAAGCUGGAUGAAGAGGGACUUGAGCUAGCAGUGUGCCGGCAUGGAGUUCUUCUCUGUGCACUUAACAUGUACAGGGGGGAAAUUUUUGCUUAUCCUUUGUACCUCCAACAAAAGGUCACAAACAGCACCUUUUUUUGCAUGGAUGUUACCUGCAAAUAUUGGCCAUACCUAAAAAAGGUCUCAAAGCUUUGUCCAGAGCUCCAGGCACUGCUCAGCAUGAAACCUUUUCUUUCCGUGUUCCAUGCAAAAGCUCAUGACUUCAAAUGUGAAGUUAAAUGGAGUGGAGCAUAUCAGGAGGGGGCUGGCUUAACCCUUGGAGAGGAGGUAGAACAAGUUAAUGCCUUCCUCUCUCGCAUUGCUGUGACAACAAAGCAUAUGUCAAAAGCAGGGCGUUCUGACAUGUUAACCCUUAUGGCCAUACGGUGGAAUGAUCACAAGUUUGAAAACUUGGCUGGAUCCUUGUCCCGCAGAUAUCUGAAAGUAAUAACUAUUAUAUAUAGUGUGUUAAUGACAUACCAUAUCAAGAACAUAUCAAUUUUUGAUUGAUUGCAUUUUUACUUACAGACCAUAAAGAUGUUGGAUGAA